ACUGCGAAUUGACGGCUGGUUGAGCGACAAAUAUCUCGAGGAGUCAAGGAUUUGUAUUUUGCUGAGAUCUUUGGGUUCGUUUUAUUCGACAAUUUCGCUCCUGAGGCGAAAAUAUCGCGUUCCUAAGGACUUUUGGUGUUAGAGGGUUAUGGGAAAGUGUUGUUCUGUUUGUGUUAGUGAUUCAAACGGGGAGAGAGACCGACGAAGUUCACAACAACAAACCACAACUUCGCUUACUUCAAAUCAACACAACAUUGACUCUGCCAAACACAAACUGGCGAAAACUUCAGAUAAAGGAUUCUUUGUUAAACCAAAAAACAACUCGCCCAAAAUUGUCAGGACGUUAUCCUUCCCAAGACAAGAACUGGACGAAGGCAAGAUUUUGAGUUUGUUUGCGAAAUACAAAGACGAUGCCGAAGAUUCAAUCCUUGCGGACGGCAUGGAAAAAUUUUGCCAAGAUUUGGGAGUAGACCCAACUGAAUUCGUUGUGCUUGUCCUUGCUUGGAAGUUUGAUGCCUCCCAGAUGUGCAGGUUCACCAGAAAAGAGUUUAUAGACGGCUGUAAGGCUGUUAAAGCCGAUAGUAUUAAAGGAUUACAAAAUAAAUUCCCUGAGCUUGAAGAAGAAGUAGCGAAAGAUGUUGAAAAGUUUAAAGACUUGUAUCGAUUCACCUUCAAAUUUGGUCUCGAUGUAGAAGAAGGACAGAGAGCUCUUCCAACGAGUAUUGCUAUCGCACUUUGGAAGCUAGUUUUCUCGAAAAAGCCGCCUUUAGUCCUAGAAAAAUGGUUCGCCUAUCUUGGGCAAAGGGAAGUUCGGGGAAUUUCUCGAGAUACAUGGAACAUGUUUUGGAACUUUACGGAGACUAUUGACUCUGAUUUCACUAAUUAUGACGAUUCAGAAGCAUGGCCGAGUUUGUUUGACGAUUUCGUAGAAUACGAAAGAGAAAGAUCCACGGAGAGCUGCCCCAUCGAAGAAAAACACAAGAAUGGGCUUGUCAAAGAGCUGUAAAUUGCAGGGAGAUCUCUUUCGAUAUGCCUCUUUCAGACUAGAAUUAAAUUAACUUAAAAGGUAAAUUAUUUUAGGGAAAUUAACAACUGAUGAUAGCUACCACAUUCAGCCAAACACUUUUCCACUUUUCAUAUAACACUGCAUGCUAAGCUUAUCUGGGAAUUCAUGCCCAAUGCUAGGUAAUAUGAUUGAUACAAUGAAUACAAUAGUUCAUUUGAGGAAAUUAGAUGACAUCUCAUUUUUCAUAUUUUCAAAUUUCAUUGACUAAUAGAAGCUUUUAGAUUAUGCCUUUAAAAUUGAGGACAAAGUUUAAGAUCGUGGCAUGAUAUUAAGAUUUUUGAAGGAUUUAUUUUACAUAAUAUGAUCCUGGACAAAGGGGUAUUUUAAUAGGUUAUAGCCUAUAAUUCCGAAGGCAAGAUUUUGGAAGACAGAUUUUAAGCUAAAUUGUAUGAGUAUGGCAUGAUAAACUUAAGGAAGCUAGACUCAUCUCCUAUUAUCAUUGCCGUCUUAAAUUGAUUAAUGUUUUCCCAACCUACCCACUCAUUUCCUAACAAAUAAUCAAAUUUUGAAUUGUAUUUUUUACAAAUAUGUUGGUAUAUGGAUUUUGUUUAGUUUUAUAUUUGUGGAUUAUUUGGUGCUUAAUAAAAAAAAGAUGAACCAGGAAAAAAGAGAUCAUAGGUCCAUAAUGAGAAGUCACCAUAUAGAAUUUCAAGUAUUUUUAAUUUCAAGCAAAAGAAUGGGACAAAAUACUACCAAAGGAAUAGUAAAUGGAAAGGUUCAUUUAAUUUAAAUAUAUUUGUAGUUCACAGGCAAAGCCUCCUUUAGAUAAAACUGAAAAGCAAUAAAUUAUAAGAUCAGCUUGUUUUUAUGUACUCAAUAGAGUGCUGAAUAUUUAAUUUAGUUAAUACUCAAUUCCUUCAUAAACAAUACAUGUUUCAAUUUAAAAGAAUUCUCUAAAAAGGUAAUUCAUAUGGGGGACUCUGUGGUCAUGUUCGAUCACAAAUUAUGAUUAUUUUUCAUCAGAUAAAUUUAGAUAAGUUAAGCAAUGAUAAAUUUAGAUAAGUGAAGCAAUGAUGUACAUGAACAUUUAACAAAUAUCUAGUAUUUGUUAAAGGCUUCUUUUGGAUUACUUCAACAACAGCAAAAAACAAGCCGUAACCAGUGAGCUCUUACCAUUUCUUUUUCACUUAAUGUUUAGUAAAUUUGAGUGGGAAAAAAUAGAGAGAUUAUACUGUAGUUUUAUUCA